UAAGGAUUGGAAAAUUAUCCCCGAUUGGCUUGCCGGCUCCGUAAACGAGGAUGCACCCUCCACCGGGGCGCGUGAAAUGACCGUUGUUGGCCGUGCGAUCAUCUCCCGCUGGCUUGUUGACGAGCUCUUUGAGCGCUUCUUCCACCCCUCCCUCGAACCAACCUUUAGCCGCCAACUUAAGGCCAUUGAAAUGACCCUCCGCCACCAGCAAACCAAUACUUCUACCGAAGAAGACAAGGAAAACGCCAUUGCCCGCAUCUCUAACUGGCGCCGCACAACCCUUGACGGCCUCGGCGACUCCCUACAGGGUCCCGCAGCCGAUAUUCACCGCGCCCAGAUCACAGACAACCUGGUCGAGUUCCUUGUCGCAACUCUCCUCAGCCACCUGAAUGAUCCGCCUCCGGCCGGGUUCGAGAAUGGUGCUCGCAUGAUUAUCGAAAUAGCCCUCGGCAUCGCUGAAAAGAUUCCUCUUGAAUCUCGGGACAUUUGCGUCUCGUAUCUCGCUCCGGGAACGCCCAUUAAUGAAGCUACGAUGCGCGUCGAACCAAGUACCCUCCUUCCGCCUCUCACAAACGCCGCCGCCGCGGCUUCUUCCUCUAACCUCUCUCACCCGCCUCAAACCGCCGACUCCAACCGCCGCUCCGCAGAAGACCAACACCAUCAAAAUAGCCAUUCCAUCCCCGACUCCACCGGCCCUGGCGGCAAUGACCUUGAUCGCGACCAGUCGCAAGCCCAAAACGUCUCGCCCGACGCACCGGACCACAGAAAACGAUCUGUUCUCAGUGGUCUUCGCGGUCGUCUAAGCGGGCAGAGUUCAGCCAGUUCAUCCGUACCUCCUGUGUCUGCGCCCGUACCUGCCCCUUUACCCGCAGGGAUUCCGAACAGCGCGGGUGAAGCAGCUCGGCGCGGCUCCGUUGGUGGACAGAGCCAGGGAGCUGGAGUCGGAUCUGUGGUGGCCCGGGUCCGGUUCGCAGCCUUCGUCACUGCCGAAGUCCGCGGACGGGGGCCGCUAAAUGUGUUGGUCAAGGCGCCCGUCUUUGCGAUGGAGUGAGCUCAAUAUGCCCCUGAGCUUAUACCUGAAUCUUGUGAGGUAGUGAAGUGAGCAGUAUAUAAUAUAUACAAGGAGGAACGUGAUGGGCUUGUGUUGGGCUGGUAUACGAUGUACAAAUGGGCCUGCCAAGUUACCUGAACCGAGUCCAGUUCGAGGUAACAUUUGACAUGACGAGGAAAUGACUGUUUGCUUUUUCCUGGUUUGUUCCAUUUCACGCCACUGCCGUUGUGUUGAUUUCAUAGAAGCGCCCCGUAUACAUCAAAUGUCGUCUAUUUUCUAGAACCCACUGAAUCGGGCUGAAUGUUAGUCUCGAAUAUUCCGGCUUGAUGAUCUAUGCAUCUCGCCGUCACUCUGACUUUGAAACGGCUUCUUUCAACACAUUGAGUCCCUGUCCCUCCCGAGUGAUCAGCGGGUAUUGCGCGUCCCCCAAGCCCCCAGUCCUCGUAUUCCGCACCUCUAGCCCCUCUCGGCCCUCUGCACAGCACCAUUGCCAUUGCUGUUUCGUAUUCAGCAAUCCCUCCUCACAAUCACGUGUAGGUUUCAAGGUAAUCGACACAGCGCAUCGGAGGAGUUGCCUAAAGGUUAAGUGAGAGUGAGGGGGAGAGGGUGAGGCUGAGCCGCAGUCUGCCCAUCCCAUCACCGGCUUCUUAAGAUAUACCUUAUCUUCUCUUCAUCGUCCCACCUCACUUACCUUUCUUGAAGCAAUCUUCCUUUGCUCUUGAUUCCAUUUGAGGUCUUCGAGGUAUUUCGCUAACACACGACCAUGCCGUUCUGGAAGAGAAAGGAUAAAGAUAAACAGUCGCAGCCCCAAUACGCUGCGCCCGCGCGGGGCCAUAUCGUGCCUGUCUAUGCGCAGCCAACACCCCCUCUAGCACCACCGCAACACACCCGCGCUCCCCCAACCACCAUCCCUCCCCUCCCUAACCCACCCAUUCCCUCCCCGCAGCAAACAGGCGAACCCUUCCGCACCCAUGGCAACCAACUCGCCGCGCAAAACGACUACAAUGGCGCCGUGGUCAUGUACAACUCGGCGCUGCAACUCGCACCCCAAGACACAGAGCUCCUGCUCAGUCGCUCCCUCGCGCAUAUGAUGUCGACACCGCCACGACUGGAUCUUGCCCUCAAGGACGCCGACGACGCGAUCCAGCUGAAUCCGGGGAGUGCGCAGGGAUGGUUGCAGAAAGGUGAGGUGCUAGUGCAGCUGGAGGAUUUGGGCAACGCCGUUGGUGUGUUGGAGAAUGCGGUGGGUUGUGCGGGGCCUGCAGAGAGGCUUGUUGCGCAGAGGGCGCUUGCCGGGGUGAGGCAGCAGGUGCAGGUCAAAGCGCAGGCGCAGGCGCCUGCUGGGACCGGGACUGGAGGGUAUCCAGUGCAGCAGACGCAUCAACAAGCGCAGGCUCAGGCUCAGGCUCACGUACAGCAGCAACCUCAGAUUAUACAGCCGCAGCCGCAGUCGCCGAGGUUCUCCGUUUCGCCUCCGCCGGUGAUAACAACCUCUCCUCCACCUGUUCCCAGGACGUCGACUACGUAUCCUGCUUCCGGAACGUAUCCGCCGCCGUCGGGCACUACCAGUAGUGUGAGCGCAACGCUAUUCCCCACAAGGACCCCUUCGACGACGACAGUGCCGGCCUCGAGCACGACGACAUCGAUCAGUUCAGGGCUGAGCCCGCCACUAGAACAACCCCGAGCUGCCACGCCGAGUGCACUUUCCAAUGCUCCUACACCACCAGCACCAAUUACGGUGCAGCCUCCGACAAACGCAACGGAGGAUCCCUCGCGCCGGAGCAGCAUGCUUCCCUCGUCAACCGCAAACCGCAACACCGAUACGUCGAGAAAUGCAACAGAGACCGUGAACCGGACCUCCACGACAGCCUUAUCUUCAAACAUUAUUCCACAAUCGGUGUUUGAGGAUCUAAAUUCCCCCGAGGGCCCACCGCCGGCGUACACGGAGAAUCUUCGAGAUCCGGUCGUCCUAAACCGCAAGCUCGAUGAGCUUGAGCAGAUCAUCAAGAUCAAGAACAAAGGGAGUUUGCUUGUGCAGCCGUAUACGUUGCCUGGGCAGAUUGAUGCGGUGCGAUUGCUGUAUAAUGCCAUGACGGCUGAUGAGUUGACGGCCAGGGAGACGGGGCCGGUCGUUCCUGUUCAUCCGAAUUUGGCAAACAUGACCCUCAACACAUACAGCUACCCAGGGAACACGUACAUCGACGCAGACUGUGAGACCUUGACAUAUUACGAUAGCAAGAUUCCAGGAACGCUGCGGAUGGCUGGUUACUCUGAGGAGUAUCGUCUCCAACAAUUGCGUGCUGCUCCUCUCCUCAAUCUCACUCUCGAAGCAAACACGGUUCUCCCAGAGAUACCGCUCAGUAAAAUUAUCGAGCGUCUCCGAAAGCUACAGGGAUCGCCACAGCUGGAAGAUAACGAGGGUUUGUGUGAAUUCAUCGGUCUGACCGCUGCUACCGCUCUAACUCACGGAUUCUUCACCGGCGGCAGCCGCCAGAAGCAGAUAGACUAUAUCUGCAUGGGCCUGAACAAGAGCAAAUACGACGCAGCUUCGCGGUUCGUCGAUCUGAAUAAAGCCGGCUGUAUCAGCAGCUACUUCAUCGGCGGACUCUCCUCGGGCGAUGGCCUGCGCAACUUCCUGUACCAGCUCCUCUUGGGAUGCGAACUGCUCGUCCGCAUGCGCAAGGAGCCGGUGACAACCAGCUACACCGGCGUAAUGACGGACAGCACAUCCGCGCUGCUAGUCCUAGGCUCGAUGUGGAUGUCAUACGUGACAUUCAACGGACCCACUAACCUCGCUGCAAAGGACAGUCCCAGCAGCUACACGUUCAUAUCCAGGGUAAGCAAGAGCCAAUCUGAGGCACUAAUCCGGUUCGCCGAAGCCCUCGAGUGGCCGUACAUGGACGAAGCCCGCAACACCAUCGAAACCGCAUACAGCGACCUCGUUGCCCGCCGGAUCCCAUGGAACGCAGACAUGUGGGACUGGCUCUUCAACCUGAUGCUGCCCGGGAAGAUCUACAGACACAAGAUCAUGGCCUGCCUGGUGUACUGCUCCCCGACGGCCCGGAGCCUCAACGCCGCGCCCUUUUACGACAACGGCCUCAUCAUCAAGAACGCCAGCUACUGGCCCAAACGCACCGUUCUCGGCCGCAUCCUCGGCGGACUCAAGGAUGCUAAAUCCGUCUGCGGAUGGAUUGGCCCUGCGCCGGCACCAACGGGUGACGCCACAGGCUGGAUCCGACUCAGCGCGCGUGAAGUCACAAUGCCCGUUCCAGUCAAGGCAACCCCGGGCCAAAGCGCCCUGACGGAUUUGGGCUUCGACGAGAACGGUUCCCUCGACCGGUACACCUUCCUCGAGAGCCUGCUCAACCCAGACGAGUGGGUAACGAUGUCACCACCCGGCCGCCCAGAGUCAGAUACCAGCGGCGCCGAGCUCAAAGCAAUCCACCUAGCCCAACUCCCCGUCGACGAGGCGACUCGCGCCGCACUCCCAAACCUCCCACCAGAGACCUACCGUGCAAGCGUCGACUUCCAAAUCAACGGCACCACCCUCGUAACAUACACCCUCUACACGAACCCCGUUUUCGUCGCCGCGCAGCCGUGCGUCGGCUCGCACAUCAUGCAUCGGAAGGAAGGGGAGCGAUACCUCAAGAACACGAUUCGAGUUGCAGACCUCAAGACCGCGAACCCGAGUCUCAAUGAGCUGGUCAUGAUCGAUGCUCUGGGACCUGGGGAGGACGCGGUGGCGAGGGCUUGGUGCGCGGAGCGCGGGAGGUGUGCGAUUGUGCGGAGGGGCAAUGAGUGCUGCUUUACCUGCGCGGUUUGUCUGGCGAUUGGAAGGAAGGGGUUGGGGUUCAACGUUUUGAUUUUGGCGAGGGCCUGAGGGUUUGAUCUUCGAUUUUCUCACCCUUUCCGCCUUUCAAUUCGGUUUUUUUUUUUUUUUUUUUU